AUGAAUGCACGUAAUAUGAACUGGUUGUCUUCAGCAGAAGGAGAAUCUUUGGUCCAUCACUUCUACGUGACGUCUUCUAAAAAGAGAAGAUUCUAUGGCAUUCUGGAGAGACCGUCGUUGCCUUCUUCCAUCGAGGAGGUCACUUACAAGAUCUUCGUGAUAGGCAGAUCUGGCGUGGGAAAGACUUCAGUGGUAGCGAGACUCGCGGGAAUCCUCGACUCCAACGGUUACACGGAAACCAGUGGGAUAAGAAAAACAAAUGUUUUUUGGCCUGUAAAAAUCUGGGAUAAAGUCGUUUUGUUUAAACUGCAAUUCUGGGACACCUCGGAGAGUAGUAUAAAAAAAUACACGCAUAUUUUGCCAGUAUGCAAAGAUAAAGUUGAUGCGAUUUGUUCAGUGUUUUCCUUUGACGAUGCGUCGAGCUUCAAUGACAUUCCAUACUUGAUGAACACAAUGACCAAUAUAAAAGGAAAACCAGCAAACAUAGUGAUUGGCACAAAGUUCAAACCUUGGUCAAGCUCCACGAUAGAUGAAGUACAAAUUAAAGACGUCGAAGACAAGUGGAACGUUAAGGUGAUCAAGAUUGAUGCCAGCAACGUGUCAGUAAGAUCCGAAAUAUUUGAUUGCUCGUAUCAAUUGAAUGCUAUUUGUAACAUUUUAUGGAAUAGAGAUAAAGAGUUUAUAUCUAAACUGAUGGGACAAGUUUAAUAACUACAAACAGAUGUAUUUUUCUACGUUUUAUACAAAAUAAAAGCACAUAAAAAGAGAGAGAGA